ACAACUUCCGGUUUCGCCAUCUUCCACGAUGUGUGAAUGUGCUGACACAUUCAGCCACGAUUCUUAUAUACUUUAAUAUAUUCUGAAGUUUCACCAGACCAGUAUCAAUGAGAGUUGUAGAGACCGACACAACACCAACCUACAAAAUGGGUAAAAACAGAAAGCAUCGACUCAGAAAGAAGAAUGAGGGCGGAGGAUCUGACUCCAGUGAAGAGGGUGCGGCAGGAGGGGCAACCUGCACACACAUCAACAAGGCCGUCAACUUGACCGUUGUGAGGAAGGCCGUGUCUAAACCCACUGCCGCCUUCGGGGAAUGUGGGGCCUGCACCAAGGACAAGGGGCCCGCCAAGGAGACAACAACUGCAGAUGGACCUGAGGCACUGGAGACCGAGACGGAGACGACCAUCUGGGUGUGUCUCCAGUGUUUUAAUCAGGGCUGUGAUCGGAAUUCGAAGGAGAAACAUGCUCUUGCCCACUAUGAAACCCCUCACUCAGGAACACAUUGUGUUGUGGUCAACCUCACAUCAUGGGCAGUUUGGUGUUACGCGUGUGAUGAGGAAAUCAUCCUGGAGACAAGCAAGAGGAUACAGGAGUGUGUGGACAUGCUGCGGAAGAUGGCAGGCCUCCCGCGUGUCGACCAGACAGCCACAGGGCGACGAGGGAGGGCCGACUCCACAGUUGAUUUAGCUGCAGUGAAGGACAACGGCCGACCUACCACGCCCAAGGCCACAGUAGCUACAUCAUCCUGUCAGAAGGUCAAGGGCCUGAGCAACUUAGGAAACACCUGUUUCUUCAAUGCUGUGAUGCAGAAUCUGAGUCAGACCCACAGCCUGGAGUCAAUCCUGUGUGAUCGGACAAAGAAAGGGCGUGGUUUCCUGCUUCCUGGGCGGAUUGCUAACUCUGACUCCGACACCGGGGGUUCCAGCGAUGAUGACAGCGAGGACGACUCGCUAAAGGAAAUUUCUCCUAUUGAGAUUGUGCCCCCUGAUGCCGGGCCGCUGACCCAGGCUAUGAUGACCUUCCUGCAGGACAUGAACCACACCGCGCCACGCAACAUGACCGUCAACCCCAGCGGCCUGUUCGGACAAGUCUGUAAAAAAGCCCCGCGGUUCAAGGGAUUCCAGCAGCAAGACAGUCACGAGCUCCUGCGCUACCUUCUUGACGUCAUCCGCACCGAGGAGGUCAAGCGCGGCCAGAUGGGGAUUCUGAAGUACUUCAAGCUGCAGGAGUCCACCAACCCAAAGAAGGUUGAUGAUGACACCAAGGUCAAGGUCAAAGAGUAUGGUCGGCAAGUGAAACACACGUUCCUGGACUCGGUGUUUGGCGGGCAGCUGGUCAGCACCGUCAUGUGUGAGGAGUGCAAACACGUGUCCCAAAUAUUUGAGCCUUUCUUGGACCUGUCCCUUCCUGUCACAGAGGAGAAGCCUCAGCGUCCGAACCUGAUCCUUGGGGGUCGGAAGAAGGAGAGCAUGGACACGGAGGAGGUGAAGGGGGUGGAGGGGGGCGUUACAGACAAGCCCACAAAGCAUGUGGAGAAGAAGAAGAACAAGAAGCAGGCAAGGAAAGAGGCCAAGGCUAAGCGUCGUGGCGCCAAACUAGCUAAGCAGAAGAGCUGGACUUCUGCUGACGACCUUGGUGGGAAGGAUGAGGUCGGUGGUGAGGAGAGGAAGAUGUCGGUGUCGGUGGAGAAGGUGCGGGAAGAUGAUGGUGACGACUCGCAGGGGAGCGGACGUGAUGACCAGUCAGAUGCUGACAUUGAGGACAACCUGGAGAGUGACACGUCCCGACUGAUGCACGCCCAGCAGGAGGGGGGGAGAGAUGUAGGGUUGACUGAGGACACUGUAGACAGUGAUGGAGCGCAGAGGGAAACCGUGUCAGGUAGAAGGACGGAUACACAGACUCCUGGUCAGCCUGUAAGUGUGGACACUGAUGUACGACUGGGACAUAUAGCAGCGGAAGAAAUCUCCCCCGAUCUCCACGUGUCUGGCGGAGUGUGUACUGGGAACGGGGACAUCAAGUCCCACAGUCAGGGGAUGGCUAGCAGUGUUGGGGAAUGUGGAACAUCUAUAGCAGCAGUCAAAACAGAUGUGUCUAGUUUAGGUAAUGACUUGAGUGGCUUGACUUUUGCCGAUCAGUCCGAGACUGAAGAAUGUGAUGCCAAAGAUAUGUGUGUUGAUGUGAACUCUGCUGGCCGUGUUGGACCGUCUCCGCAGUGCAAGGAGGUGGGUCAGUACUGUGCCAGAUGUCAGCACAACAGGGGAGCAGUGGAGCAAGCAAGCCAAAACACUGAUAUUCUACUGAAUGGUAAUACUGUGAUAACUAUGAAUGGGGAAGUUGAGAAGUCUGUGAUAAACGGUGUUGGUGCGGAGUCUGAGGGGGUCAAAGCACCCGAGACGGAAGGCAGCGGUGCGGCAGCGUUCAGUGCACUGGAUGACACUGGCCAAGUCAGCCCGGAGGAGUGUGAUAGUCAGCUGACUCUGAAGGGCGAGAGUGAGGACACGUUGUACUGUCAGUCCCCGCGGGACCUGACAGAGUGUACGUCAAUGCCCUCCACAGAAGAAAUCCUGACCAACGGGCUGACCAGUGACCGCCUGUCACCGAACCAGGCCAAGCACAAGGUGGAGCUGAGGAAGCAGGCCCAGUACAAGUCCAUGAAUUCCCUUGCUCCUCGCUACCACCCGGCUCCCAAAGAGUGCUCUAUCAUGUCCUGUCUCCAUCAGUUCACCUCCGCCGAGCUGCUCACUGGCUCCAACAAGUUUGGCUGUAAGCAAUGCACCAAGACAAAACGCAACAAGACCAUAUCUCAGCAGAAAGCAGAUAAGAAGACGUCGGAGACAGUUUACUCCAACGCCAGCAAGCAGUAUCACAUCUUCCUGCCGCCGUCAGUGCUCACGCUGCAUCUCAAGCGCUUCGAGCAGGUGGGUUUCACAUCACGGAAAGUAAACCGCCAUGUGGACUUCCCGUUUGUGUUUGACCUGGCCCCCUACUGCAGCGCCCUCUGUCAGGGCAUCCGGCCAGGUCAGAAGAAGAUCCUGUAUGCCCUGUACGGAGUGGUAGAACACAGCGGCCGCUUGUCCGGCGGUCACUACACCGCCUACGUCAAAGUCCGACCAUCGUUAGCAGCACUGACCAACUAUCUGAACUCUCAGGUCCCAACCCCUAAGGACUACGUGCACCAGUACGCUCACCGCAUGCUGAACGGGCCGCGGUCACCCACGGAGGAGGACCUGAGUGAUGAGACGCUGGAGAGUCUGGUGCCCCCGGGCAAGUGGUACCACGUGAGUGACAGUCGGGUCAGCGAGGUGCAGGAGGCCACAGUGCAGAGGGCACAGGCUUAUCUACUCUUCUAUGAGAGAAUAUACUGAAAUACCCAGGGAAGGCACAGACUUUUCUACUCUUCUAGAAGAGAAUAUACUGGAAUGCCCUGGGAGCUAGUUGAAAGGUACAGACUUUUCUACACUUCUAUGAAUGAAUAUACAGAAAUACCCAGGGAGCUAGUGGAAAGGUACAGACUUUUCUAGUCUUCUACUAGAGAAUAUACUGAAAUACCCAGGGAGCUAGUGGGAAGGUAAAGACUUUUCUAGUCUUCUACUAGAGAAUAUACUGAAAUACCAAGGAAGACAGGCAGAGAGCUGAAGAAUCUCUUGUGAAUGUGAUGUGUUGUCAGGAGAUGCUGAAGUAGGAUUCAGACCAAAAUUUUAUUUUAGUAACUCUUUAUGAUUGGAUAUUUCCUUAGUUCUUUUUUAAUUCCAAAGUUUAGUAAAUUGCUAAUUAGAUUUUGAUGGAAUUUCAUAGAGAAUGAACUAUUUGAUGUGUGGCUAGGAGGAUGACUUUGAGGACUGUGGUUGACUUAGGGAAGAAUUGAUAUAUUAUUCCUAUUUCAUUCUUUCUUUAAAGUACAUUCCAUACUUAAGCAUGUACAACAAACCUAAUGCCAAGUGUCUUUCUUUACAUGAUUCUUUUGCCAAGUGAAAGAAGCCCCCUGAAAGGCACUGAGCUUGACCAGGUCACGAGUACUACAAGUAACACAAGCCAAGUAACAUGUUCUUAUUUCUAGUGUUUCUGACCAUGGUGGCUAGCUACAAGAUACAUUCUUUGUGUCAAUGUCACAUGGAACAAGGGUCUUACAAACAUAUGGUAACCAGUGUUCCUGUAUGUAAGGUCUCUUGGAACCAGUGCCUCUGUCACCUGGAACCAGUGUCCCUGUCACCUGGAACCAGUGUCCCUGUCACCUGGAACCAGUGUCCCUGUCACCUGGAACCAGUGUCCCUGUCACCUGGAACCAGUGUCCCAGUCUCCUGGAACCAGUGUCCCUGUCACCUGGAACCAGUGUCCCUGUCACCCGGAACCAGAGUCCCUGUCAAGCAGAACAAGUUUUGCUGUCACUCAGAACCAGUGUAGCACAGAACCAGUGUUCCCGUCACUAAGAACCAGUGUUCCCGUCACUCAGAACCAGUGUUCCCGUCACUCAGAACCAGUGUCCCUGUCACUUGGAACCAGUGUCCCUGUCACUUGGAACCAGAAUCUCUGUUACACAGAAUUAGUGUCUGUAACAUGCAACCAUUGUCCCUUUCACCUGGAACCAGUGUCCCUGUCACCUGGAACCAGUGUCCCUUUCACUCGGAACCAGUGUCCCUUUCACCUGGAACCAGUGUCCCUGUCACCUGGAACCAGUGUCCCUUUCACUCGGAACCAGUGUCCCUGUCACCCGGAACCAGUGUCCCUGUCACUUGGAACCAGAAUCUCUGUUACACAGAAUUAGUGUCUGUAACAUGCAACCAGUGUCCCUGUCACCUGGAACCAGUGUCCUUGUCAGCUGGAAACAGUCACAUGGAACCAGUGUCGAUAUUCUAGCAGAACACAACUAUAAAUAUACAAGAAAAUAUAAAUGAAAUAAGAAAAGGUAUAAGUAACAUGUUUUGGUGAAAUAUAUGCUCAGAUAUAUAGCAAAAGAACUGUUAUCUACAUGAGCAUUUCUCGUAUAUCAUGUAUAUUAUGUAUAUGAUCCUAUCUUGAUAAGGUUAACACACAAGAGGUGUUGUGGUGAGACAUGGACCAUAUGGCACUGACAGGUGAUGGAAGAUACUUGUAUUGCAGUACUUCUGUCCUUUCAUAAAGAACGCCAUUGCUCUAUCAGUGAACAAGGUUGAACCUGAGAGAAUAGCAAGUUCACUGUUACAUGUAUAAUUUUCCCAAAUGUUAGAUAUGUACUGAUCUUCAUAAGCUAAGGAUCACUAUGUCUACCUGAAGCAUACUUGACCACAUCCCACAGAUGCAGCCUUGUCAAGCCAUUACUGUCUGCUCCCAGUAUACACUGAUGGUAAUCUCAAGGUCGGCAAUAGCUAUUUAUGAUGUAGCACAUGUUUUGAUGUCAGGAAUUUGUCAUUGAAAAUAUUAUCAAUACAACAACAGUUCCUUUUCUAUGCAGUGAAAACCCUAUUGUUAAGUAUUUGUGUGUGCCAAGUCAUAUUUCAGCAAAUUCUGUAAAUUCAUCAAUUCAUGUUUGGGCCUGAACAACGAUGCAAUACUGAUUGAAAUAGGAUCAAUUCGGAUAAUCCCAUGUUGUUGUCUAAGGCUGCAUGACAGAAUGUACACACAACAACCUCUCCUAGACUUCCAUCAGCAAUGACUGUCAGCGUCCACACCAUACAGGUACUAGCAGCAUCCACACCAUACAGGUACUAGCAGCGUCCACACCAUACAGGUACUAGCAGCGUCCAGCAAUGACUGUCAGCGUCCACACCAUACAGGUACUAGCAGCGUCCACACCAUAUAUCAACCACCGUCAGUGUCCACUCCAUCCAGGGACUCUACCACUGGAGUAGUUUCUGCAGUAUUGUGAAAGAUGUUAUCUCUUGUUACCAUGGUUUCCUUCUCCUGACAAGGUGUCUAUCUCUCAGGGCUGUCAUUCACUCACUCACUCACUCACUAACACAGCAGGUCUCAUGCGGCAGUGCUAUGUACAUUCAUUUGUGUAUUUAUUCCAUGAAACUGUUGUACAUUCAGACUGAUCUUUGUAAAUACAUAUGAACUUGUUGAUAUCAGUGAUAAAUGCCAACAAUAAAUACAGGGGGUAA